AUGGGUUCUCAAGAUCUGCAGGGCGAGCCAUCGCUCGUGCAAUUAGAGCAUCCUCUCAAGAUCUUUGACCUGGCCAAGAAGCAAGGCAGGCUGCUCUAUGCUUGCGCACCCAUGGUGAGGUACAGCAAGCUUGCCUUCAGACAGACAGUCCACGCCUACGGAACGGAUUUAUGCUGGACUCCCAUGAUCCUAGCGAAGGAGUUCAACCGCAGCUUCAUAGCUAGGGACAGCGACUUCACCAUUUCGACAGCGGGACCAAUAGUACCAACAAUAGUCCAGUUCGGCGCCAACUCACCCUUGGAAGUCUCCCGGGCCACGUCUCUGGUCGCCCCUUAUGUGAACGGCGUCGACCUCAACUGCGGCUGCCCCCAGUCGUGGGCCUGCGCAGAGACUCUCGGCGCUGCCCUGAUGGAGAAGCGGGAGCUCGUGAGGGACAUGGUGCUCGAGACACGGCAAAGAUUGCGGGAUGAAGGCUGGGCCGUUGGCAAGGAGAAAGACAUCGACAACCCGAAAGGCAGGAGCGUGAGCGUGAAGAUAAGAGUACACAAGGAUCUCAGAAAAACCAUGGACUUCAUAGAAACAGUAAUAGGCAACCCCCAAGACCGCAACAUCGACUUCCUCACAAUCCACCCACGCACCCGGAGCACACCGUCGACGAUGCCCAUAAACCUCGAGGCCCUGGAGAUCCUCACCAACAAGUACGGCGACCAGCUCCCCAUCCUCGUGUCGGGCGACGUCUUCUCCAUGGGGCUCGCUGCCUCGGAGGGCGGUGCGAAGCCGCACCUGCCCAAGCUGGCCGGCCUGAUGUCCGCCCGGGCCCUGCUCGCCAACCCGGCGCUCUUUGCCGGCCACGAGUCCUGCCCCUGGGAGGCGGUCGAGCUGUUCAUGAACAAGGUCGUGAGGGCGCCACUGCCGCUGAAGCUGGUCCAGCAUCACUUGGGUGAGAUGUGUGGACCGGGCUACGGCCCCGAUAAGAGCUCGUUGCUCAGCAAGAAGGAGAGAAUGGAGAUGUACAAUUGUGCAAAUAUGUGUGAUUUGAUUGAUUUCUUGGACGAGAAGUUGGAAAGCAGAGGCAGGAAAGAAGGGCUGAGAAGGGACAAGUCACCAUCAGAAUAG